CCCACAUCUACCCUCGUCCGUCAGUCCAUGGCCUGCGCCGUGUCCCGAUGGCGUUGACAUCAUGGAAAGCAUUUAACUUCUUCGACGUCUCCUCCGUGAAGCUCUCGGAGGAGAGCUCAUCCGUCUUCAAUUCUGAUAUCCUGUCCCUUUGCACCGGCUCUGCAAAUGUCUUCCUCGGUUCCAACGAUGGCUUUGUCCAUAUCAUCUCCUCUAAUUUCAAGCUCGUCCGAUCGUUCAAGGCGUCCGACACCGGCUCCAUCGCACAUAUCAAGCACAUAGAGGGGACGUCCCUACUGGUCACUAUAGCGGAGGAACUUCCGAAUGAGGCGAUAUUGAAAGUCUGGGCGCUUGAUAAGGCCGAAAAGAAGACUGGUGCCCCCCAGUGUUUGUCGACCACAUCGGUUCAGAAUGCGAGGCGCAUAUUUCCCGUAUCCGCAUUCGCGGUUCUUGAUGACGUGUCGCAAGUGGCUGUCGGGUUUGCGAACGGGUCCGUCUCGAUCAUUCGCGGUGACUUGAUCCAUGACCGUGGCGCGCGGCAGCGGAUUGUGUUUGAGUCUGAGGAGCCGAUAACCGGGCUUGAAGUACAGAGUGGAGCCGUUUCGACUUUGUAUAUCUCUACCACGAGUCGCAUCCUGGCCUUGAUCAUCUCCGGUAGGGGACAGGGCCAGCCGGCCCGUGUGCUCGAUGACACGGGCUGUGCUGUCGGUUGCAUGAGCCUGGAUAAGGAUACGGGCGAUGUUCUUGUCGCCAGGGAGGAUGCGAUAUAUACGUACGGACCCCAUGGGCGUGGCCCCAGUUAUGCUUUCGAGAGCCGCAAGGACUCGAUCAAUAUAUUCAAGGACUAUGUGACGCUGGUCUGUCCGCCCAGAGACACCAGCUCAAAGCCAGACACUUUGCGGAGCAUUGCUACGGAUGAAUUCAGGACGACUACGUUCACCCUCCUCGAUACUGAUCUCAAAUUCAUCGCACACUCCGAGUCCCUUGUGUCUGCCGUGAAAAACAUAUUCAUUGAGUGGGGGGAUCUAUUCCUCCUUACUACGGACGGAAAGCUCUACCGAUAUCGCGAAAAAAGCCUGCAGCAAAAGCUCGAGAUCCUUUACCAGCGCAAUCUCUACAUUCUGGCGAUCAACCUAGCACAGAAGACAGGUGUCGACACUUUUCAACAGAAUGCUAUCUAUCGGAAAUAUGGCGACUUUCUGUAUCAAAGGGGAGACUAUGAUACGGCCAUGCAGCAAUAUCUCCGGGCGAUUGAUAACACGGAACCGUCGCAGGUUAUUCGCAAGUACCUCGAUACGCAACGGAUACAUAACCUCAUCGAGUAUCUUGAAGAGCUUCACGACCAUGACCGGGCUACAGUUGACCAUACCACAUUGCUUCUGAACUGCUACGCAAAGCUUAAGGACACAGGCAAACUAGAUGCGUUUAUCAAAGCUCCUGGCGAGCUCAAGUUUGAUCUGGAGACUGCUAUCGCCAUGUGCAGGCAAGGUGGCUACUACGAGCAAGCCGCCUACCUGGCUACCAAAUAUGGCGAGAAUGACAUGGUGGUUGAUAUCUUGAUUGAAGACUCCAAGAAGUAUGCAGAAGCCGUGGAAUAUAUCUGGAGAUUGGAUCCAGAGCUGGCCUACCAUAACCUGACGAAGUACGCCCGAGUCUUGCUCUCGAAUUGCCCUGAGAAAACAACCGAACUGUUCGUCAAGUACUACAAGGGACAGUAUAAGCCAAGAACCGAAGUCGACCUGCCUCCGGUGGAACCACAAGCGCAACCGAGCAGCACUCUGCAGAGCUUAGCCGCUUUUCUCCCUCUGCCUUUGAUGAACGCUGGCUCGGGUACCAAGCCAGAGGAGGCUGAAGUAUUGCCGCCAGCAGAGGAUGAGGUUCCCGAGCCGUAUAUAGUCUAUCAAAUCCCGAAACCCAGAACGGCGUUUUCGGUUUUUGUGGGCCACCCGGAUGAGUUUAUCUUAUUCCUGGAGGCACUUAUUGACCAAGACAACCUGAAAGAGGAUAAUAAGGUGGAUCUUUAUACAACGUUGUUCGAGAUGUAUUUGGACACCGCGAGUCGGAAGAGGGGCGUGACUGAAAAGGAAGAGUGGGAAACCAAAGCCAAGAAGCUCAUUGAGGGCAAGGAUAUUCCUAUCUCGACCUCAAGCGUUCUUUUGCUCUCAGAUCUGUCCGGAUUCCGCGAGGGAUCAACACUGGUACGGGAACAAGAAGGUCUGCGGUCAGAUAUCUUUAGGUCAUUUACUUCUGCCAAGGACACCCAGGGUGCCAUCAAGGCACUGAAAAGAUAUGGUCCGGAAGAGCCUCAAUUAUAUGUCGACGCUCUCACGUACUUUGCUUCAAGUCCUCGAAUUCUGGAAGAAGCUGGGGAGGAAUUGGAUGUCGUCCUCAAACAUAUCGAUGAGGGAGGUCUGAUGACGCCCCUUCAGGUCAUUCAGACACUGAGCAACAACGCCGUGGUGACGAUGGGUCGCGUCAAGAAGUACCUCAGCGAAAAUAUUGAGCGAGAACGCAAGGAGAUAUCCACUAACCGCCGCUUGAUUUCCAGCUACAGUACGGAAACCGAGACUAAGAGGAAGGAACUUGAGGAACUGGGUAGCAAACCGGUCGUUUUCCAGGCCCGUCGAUGCAUGUCCUGUGGCGGCACCCUGGACCUUCCUACGGUCCACUUCCUCUGCAAACACUCCUUCCACCAGCGCUGUCUGAACAGAGUGGACGAGGAUGCGGAAUGCCCGGUCUGCGCCCCUCAGAACUCCACGAUCAAAGCUAUCCGGAAAAGACAAGUCGAGUCGGCAGACCAGCACGAGCUGUUCAAGGGCGAGUUGCAGCGGUCGAAGGACCGAUUCGGGGUGGUCAGCGAGUUCUUCGGUCGGGGUGUGAUGCGGCCACAAAGCACGAUGGAGUGA